AUGACUUCAGACAGCGAUUUGUGCAAUGAAGAAAAGAAGAACCCCUGCGCCGCUCGUCCGACCCGCAAUCGUCCUCCGGACCGUGCCUCCUGGUCGCCCGGCCUGCCCGCGUGUGUGUUUUGAUCUGGGCCGGCCUCCCGGCCGUCGGUCCCCACUGGUCGGGCCAUGCCGAGUCGCCGCGUCGCCAGACCGUCCGCUGCGCCGGAGCUGGGGGCCUUGGGGUCCGCGGACCUCUCCUCGCUCUCGCUCGCCGUUUCCAGGACCACGGAUGAAUUGGAGAUCAUCGACGAGUACAUCAAGGAGAACGGCUUCGGCCUGGAGGGGGCGCAGCCGGGCCCGGGCGAGGGGCUGCCGCGCCUGGUGCCUCGCGGGGCGGCCUCCCUGAGUUACUUCUACAUCUUCCCAGGCAGUUUUUCUGGCUCGGAUCUCAGAGGGGUCUUAAGCAAACCCCCUUCCAUCAUCCUGGGGGAGAAGGUUGGGGAGCUAUCAAAGGAGGCCCCAGGGAGUUUGGAUGGGUGCAGGUGUCUGCCAGGGGACCCCCAAAAUGCACCUGUCUCCCUGCAGCUCCGGGAUUGUGGAGGGCUUCGGGAGGUGGAGGUGACCGCCUGCCUGGUGUGGAAGGACUGGCCUCACCGAGUCCACCCCCACAGCCUCGUGGGGAAAGACUGCACCGACGGCGUCUGCAGGGUGAGGCUCCGGCCUCAUGUCAGCCCCCGGCACAGCUUUAACAAUCUGGGCAUCCAGUGUGUGAGGAAGAAGGAGAUCGAGGCCGCCAUUGAGCGGAAGAUUCAGCUGGGCAUCGACCCUUACAAUGCCGGCUCCCUGAAGAACCAUCAAGAGGUGGACAUGAAUGUCGUGAGGAUUUGCUUCCAGGCUUCGUAUAGGGACCAGCAGGGACAAAUGCGCCGGAUGGACCCUGUGCUCUCUGAGCCUGUCUAUGACAAGAAGUCCACAAACACGUCAGAGCUGCGGAUUUGCCGGAUCAACAAGGAGAGCGGGCCGUGCACGGGGGGCGAGGAGCUCUAUCUGCUGUGCGACAAGGUGCAGAAAGGUGAGGGACCUGGGACAGCGUGUGGGCGGAGUGGCAUCGGGUGGCUUGCGGUGCGCACAGGAGCCAGGGAGCCCGGGAGGGUGGGAGCAUGAGACAGAGCUGGUUAACGCGGGCAGCGCGGUGGAAGGAUCCAGAACUCUGGUUUUGGAGUCAGACUGCAACAGCCCAUGGGUUCAUUCACUCAAGAAGCUCCUCACUCACUGGUUCAUGUACAAAGAUGGAGAGCCCUGUGUGAUGGACGUGCUGGGUGCCAGGCAGGGCUCCCCACCACGAGCUGGGGUGGGGG